ACGCGGUGAGGACUGGAGCGGGACAGAGGGGCUGGUCGGAGGGGCGGGGCAGGGCGCUCCGGGACCGAGGUGCGGACUUCCCGGAGGGCGUCCCCAGGCUGGAGUCCGACCCGAGUUCUCCGUGCUCACUCUUCGGGGUCCCCCGCCGCUCGGCGCCGCGCGCCCAGUCUCUUCAGGUGAAAAUGUUGGCAGCAGCAGCUUCGGGCCGCACUAUGCAGCUCUAGGUCUCUAUCUCCUCUUGACCUUACCAAACAACCAUGUCAUCAGAAUCAAGCAAGAAACGGAAGCCCAAAGUGAUCCGAAGUGAUGGAGCUCCAUCUGAAGGCAAGCGUAACCGUUCUGACACAGAACAGGUGAGAUCAGCCAGUGCUGCCAUGCUGCUGAGAAAUUACAGCUUGUGGCGAAUCACCUGGCUGUGGGUUUGCAGCAGCUGAGGGUCACAGUGAUGGCCUCCCAGGUGGCCUCUGCUUGACCAAGUGCCUGGAAUUCCCCUGGUUCUACAAAACCUGAGUAUUCACAUUUGGCUUAGCGGCAGCAUUCCAAGAACCAACCAGCCUAUAUCAGACAUGAAUAGUGCCUGAAUGGACAAUGCAUUCUAGUAUGGUGUGUGUCUCCCAAGUUUCCAGAGUCAGAAGAAGCCAGUAUCUGCAGCAUACCACCAGAAACUGGAGAUGUGGCAUUCCUGGUCAGCUACUGAGAAAGUACCAGAACAACAUCUCCGCAGAAUCUCUUCUGUGGCCUAAGAGCUCAUACUGUCAGCAGGAAGGUAAAUACUACAGCGAGGAGGCUGAGGUGGACCUGCGGGACCCUGGCAGAGACUAUGAGCUGUACAAGUACACGUGCCAGGAGUUGCAGAGGCUCAUGGCUGAGAUCCAGGACCUGAAGAGCCGAGGAGGCAAGGAUGUGGCAGUUGAGAUAGAAGAUCGGAGGAUCCAGAGCUGUGUGCAUUUCAUGACUCUAAAGAAGCUUAAUCGAUUAGCCCAUAUCAGGUUGAAGAAAGGAAGAGAUCAGACCCAUGAGGCCAAGCAGAAAGUAGAUGCCUAUCACCUGCAGCUCCAGAACCUGUUGUAUGAGGUGAUGCACCUGCAGAAAGAGAUCACCAAAUGUCUGGAGUUUAAGUCGAAGCAUGAAGAAAUUGAUCUGGUCAGUUUAGAGGAGUUUUAUAAGGAGGCUCCUCCAGAUAUUAGCAAGGCUGAAGUCACCAUGGGAGACCCUCACCAGCAAACCCUGGCACGUCUGGACUGGGAGCUGGAGCAGCGAAAAAGGCUGGCAGAGAAGUACCGAGAGUGCCUGUCCAACAAGGAGAAGAUCCUCAAGGAGAUUGAGGUGAAGAAGGAAUACCUGAGCAGCCUCCAGCCUCGUCUCAAUAGCAUUAUGCAGGCUUCCCUCCCAGUGCAAGAGUACCUAUUCAUGCCGUUCGACCAGGCUCACAAGCAGUAUGAGACAGCUAGACAUCUGCCACCGCCUCUCUAUGUCCUCUUUGUCCAGGCCACUGCGUAUGGGCAGGCCUGUGCUCAUAUGAAAUCCUCCCAGCCCCCUAGACAGGAUAAGACGUUGUCUGUGGCGAUCGAAGGCAGUGUGGACGAAGCCAAGGCUCUAUUUAAGCCUCCUGAAGACUCCCAAGAUGAUGAGAGCGACUCUGAUGCUGAAGAGGAGCAGACCACGAAACGCCGGCGACCCACACUGGGAGUUCAGUUGGAUGACAAGCGCAAGGAGAUGCUGAAGAGGCACCCGCUAUCUGUCAUGCUGGACCUGAAGUGCAAAGAUGACAGUGUGCUUCACCUGACCUUCUACUACCUCAUGAACCUCAACAUCAUGACGGUAAAGGCCAAAGUGACAACCGCCACGGAGCUGAUCACCCCCAUCAGUGCAGGUGACUUGCUGUCUCCUGACUCAGUCCUGAGCUGUUUGUAUCCAGGGGAUCAUGGAAAGAAGACUCCGAAUCCAGCCAAUCAGUAUCAGUUUGAUAAAGUUGGCAUCCUGACUUUGAGAGACUACGUACUUGACCUAGGUCACCCCUAUUUGUGGGUACAGAAGCUAGGUGGCCUCCACUUCCCCAAAGAGCAGCCCCAGCACACGGUGAUUGCUGACCACUCGCUGAGCGCCAGCCACAUGGAGACCACCAUGAAACUGUUGAAGACCAGGGUUCAAUCCCGCCUGGCCCUCCACAAACAGUUUGCAUCCCUGGAACAUGGCAUUGUACCAGUUACCAGUGAUUGCCAAUACCUCUUUCCUGCAAAGGUUGUCUCCCGCCUGGUAAAGUGGGUGACAAUUGCCCAUGAGGAUUACAUGGAGCUGCAUUUCACCAAGGACAUUGUGGAGGCGGGACUGGCUGAGGACACCAAUCUUUACUACAUGGCACUCGUGGAAAGGGGCACAGCCAAACUCCAAGCUGCUGUGGUGCUGAACCCUGGCUACUCCUCCAUCCCACCCAUUUUCCAGCUGUGUCUGAACUGGAAAGGAGAGAAAACCAAUAGCAACGAUGACAACAUUCGGGCAAUGGAGAGCGAGGUCAACGUGUGCUACAAGGAGCUCUGUGGCCCCCGACCCAGCCAUCAGCUCUUGACCAACCAGCUGCAGCGCCUAUGUGUGCUGCUGGACGUCUACCUGGAGACGGAGAGCCAUGACGACAGCGUGGAGGGGCCCAAGGAAUUUCCCCAGGAGAAGAUGUGUCUGCGGCUUUUCAGGGGUCCCAGCAGGAUGAAGCCAUUUAAAUAUAACCACCCUCAAGGAUUCUUCAGCCAUCGCUGACCUCCCACUCAGCCUGCUGUUUCUCCCUAGGCCCUAAGUGCUGUGCCUCUGCUUUCUGUUCUGGCCCACAGGUGGCUCUUGAUAUUCUCCAAAGACAGAUUUUUUUAUUUCUAGCCUAUUAAAGUGUCACUUGACCAAGUA